AUGGCGUCAGUUAGGGAGAGUGAUACGAGUCUGUGGUUGUAUAAUAAACUCGGUGAUCAAGAUGAUAUGUGGUCUGGAAUAAGUAGCUUUAGUGCACAGCUCACUCGGGAUGUGUUACGUAAUAUCCAACAGUGUUUUGUAGAUGUCCAAAGUCAGGUCAAGCUAAAAGUUCUUCUCUCGUUUGUCCAUAUGUCUCGGAGAAAUUUGGACGAGUUAAGUUCGGAAUUAGAAGACAUAAUAGAACAAGCCAUACACGAUGAAGAUGAGUGGGUACGUGUAAUUGCUGAUAUACUGAGGACGUACCCAUCAACUGGAAAACUGAAUCUGGAAAUAGAACACAACCAUCCAACUGUGGCUGAAGCAUUGGUUGAACUUCGAAGACUUGUUUCAGAGACGGAUACUGCUUCUUUUCUACCAUUGGAAUGUCGGUAUUUAAACAAAAAUGCCCUGACCCAACUCGUAGGAUUACAGCCUCCACCUGUUAAACAUUUUGCACUGAAAAGAAAACCCAAAUCAGCAGCACGUGCUGAGUUAUUACAGAAAUCCAAUGAAGCCCAAUUGUUACAACGAAGACAGGGUCAUUUUGCACCGGUAGCCGCUAAGUCAAGGUCGUUGGCCAAGAAAGCAGACGACCACAAUACACCUCCAUCUGUAAGAGAUGCCAGGGAAAACCUUCAGCAGCAACUUCAGCAACAACUACAGCAGCCACAGCUCCGCCCACAGACCACAAUUACAGCCCAGAUUACGCAACAACCUCCACAACAACCUCAGGCGACUGCAACACAACAAACAAUUAUCGCCACAACUGCUGCCGCUACUACUGCAGUUGCUGCUGCAUCUUCAACAGCCACUCCAACAAGCACUGCUGCUGGGCAGCCUGCAGCGAAAAAAGGUCUUUCUCUUACGAGAGAGCAGAUGUUAGCAGCACAAGAGAUGUUCCGAGAAUCCAACAAAGUUACAAGACCAGAAAAGGCCUUAAUCCUUGGUUUCAUGGCAGGAUCAAGAGAAAACCCGUGUCCACAACAAGGAGAUGUGGUGACAAUUAAACUCAGUGAAAACAUGGAGCAAACUGAUGGAGUUCCUUUGAUGGUUGACACAUUCUUUGAAAUGAAUUACAAGACAGGACAAUGGAAGCGAUAUAAGACACAAAGAGCAUUGUAAUUACAAGAACUAUUAUUAGAAAAGUAGGAACAAUAAAAGUUGGUAUGAGACAAAGCAUGGUAAUAACAAUGAUUUACGAUGACUGUCAUUAGAGAAGCAAAAACACUCAAAGCGACAUAAAACUGAAAGAGUAUUGUGAUUUACAAUAUUAGAGGACAAUAGAGGUGGUAUAAGACAAUGAGCAUUGUUAUUAUAAUGAUUUCUGAUGACUAUUAUUAGAG